ACUCGCGCUCAGUUCCAUUUCUGCGCUGGUGGUUAAAGGCUGUUGAUUUGAAUGGUUUAAUGCGCGUGUGAAACGGUUACGAAACGGUUAAAAACGGCAUAAAGCCGCUCGCUCGCCUUUGAGCCAAGCUUCGCUUUGGGUGUGCCACACAGAGUCUCAGUUGCUCGACGACAGCGCGUGAGUGGCCAACGCACACAUAAACGGAAGCGCUUGCCGUGUUGUCGGCAUUUCGUGUGCGAGAAAUAAUUUGUUGUUGGUUUAAACGGCCAGCAACUCAACUCAAGUGUGAAUUUAAAUUGAGGUUAUGUAAGGUGUAUAACAACGGAAAAAAUAAAACAAGCCACCAAUUGCAGUGCGACGACAUUCACGAAACUUGACAAAACAAACACGUAGAACAGUUUAAGGCACGCGCACUUCGCACAUUCCUCCCAAACACAAAUACAGACAGACUUUAGAUAUAUAGACAUGGACAUGGACAAGGCGCAGGCGCAAAUGCCAACGCAUCCGUUGCAGGAUGUUUCUCUGAAUGACGAUGAUGCCGACAUAACCAAUGAUGACGUGCCAGCGUCGGUGACUGCAAAGGCGCCCAAAAAUUGGGUUAAGUUCGACGAUGAGGCGGACAACAGUGAAAAAAAUAAUAACAGUAGUGGCGGCGGUGGAGAUGCCAUACAACAACAACAGCAAUCGACGUCGCAGCAGCAGCAUAACAAGUUAGCGUUGCCGCCGCCACCGUCUGUGGUGAGCAGCAACAACAACAGACGCGCGCGCUCGCGCAGUCCAACUACAACAACAGCUGUAGCAGCACCUGUGCAGCGUUCGACUGUUUCCUCCACCACAACAACAACAGCAGCUGCCACGGCAGAAACGGAUGUGGCGCCCGCUGUUUUGACAACCGAAAGCAUUCACGUAAACUUGAAUGCAUCCGGUAGCGCUGCCGGCCUGCCCAGUAGCAGCAGCUCGAGUCGACACCAACACCAGCUAAUAAACCAAAAAGCCAGUGCAGCAACAUCAGCGGCAACCGCCGCCUCAACUACGCCCAGUCAACAGAAUGGCAACAGUGUGAAGUCCAACUCCCAUCCAAAUGCCACCGUUGGGGGCAGCGGUGGUGGUGGUGGUGGCGGCGGCGGUGGCAACGUCAAUAUUACCGUGGACCAAGCAGCCGGUAUGCGCACAAUAGAACUCUCAACGGGCCGCAUACGUGAGGGAUUCGCCAAUGGGGAUGUGAUUGUUACGCUACUGCCGGCCAACACCAAAUGGCCUUGGAUCACGCCGGCCAUAUUUCGGCCGGAGCUGGUGCCGGAGGAGCUCAUGGCCCAGGGCUUGACGCUGACGGUGGAGGACUAUGUGAAUGCCAUGGAGACGCUGGUGAACGAUUAUCGGUUUACGGUGUAUAACAUUUGCUAUAAACGCAUUCUGGUCUGCUGGAUACUGUUCGCCUUUGCCGUGCUGCUGGCGCUGCUCUUCUCGGGGCUGCAGGGCGCGGCACUGUUCGCAUUGGGCGUGGGCUGGCUCUUCCUCAAUGCGGCUGCCAUAUUUGUGUGCAUGUGGGUGAAGCUGCGAUUGUCGCGUGGCUUGGAGAAGUGCCUGGCUCGUGUGAAUAAGCAGCUUAUGCGGCACAAGAUAUUGCUGGUGCUGGACGAUCGUGGACGCAUUUCGUGCCACAAGGUCAACCUGUGCUUCCUGUACUUCGAUGCGACGCAAUGUGUAAACUUUUUAAAUGAGUUCCUCGAGGCAACGGAGCAAAAUGGUGGCGAGGCCAUCAAGGCGGGCUGGGAGGCCAAGUUGGAUAUCGAUGUGAAUGAUAUUGUCAUACAGGGCAGUCAGCCGGUGCGGCUGUCCAGGAAGCAGGUUGUUGCUCAGGAGCUGUUCCUUAGCUAUCUGCAGCGUUGGGGCAAGGACUUUCUGCGACGUCGCCUCGACUGGACCGUGCAGGAGGCGGGCGUGCAUGAGACGCCGCGCCACUUACAAUCCUCCAUUUGUCCCUGUCAGUAUGAGGAGGAGCUGUUGCGCAACAAAAUAAAAAUUCAUCUGCAGCAUCGUCAAUGCUGUGGAAUCAACUGUAUGGGCUGUUGGCUGUAGAUAAGGCAGUAGCCACAACUACAACAACUACUACCACUACGUGUACUUACAACGAUUUUUUCCGAAUUUCGAUUUGUGUCCAUUUUAGUGCAAAAUUUCCAGUUUCCGCUUUUGUUAAAUUUCAUUGUAAUUCUUUGUGUUUUAAUGUGAACUUUUUCAAUUAUUAAAGCGCGCCAAAACCAAUGUA